UGUAACUGUUAACUGGGAAAACAAAAAGGGCAACCUAUUUUCACUAUUUAUGUUCCGCGCGCUUCAAAGAGGAAGAGAAAGAGGCAUUGAAUGCACACAAAAACAAAAACCCUCCAAAUCCAAACACAAAACUUAAUCAUUUAUAAUAAUUGAAUCUCUCUCUCUCUCUCUCUCUCUCUCUCUACACUCGAGUUCGUUAUUCUCUCUGCUCGUAUCUUUUUGGUUAGGUUUCCAGGGAAGAAUGGAAUCGGCCGAGCAGGACCUUCUAAAGACAGCAAAGAGGCUCGAGUUAGAGAAAUUAGCAGCAAUCACGUUCUCUCCUGCAUCUCUUGCUGGUCUAGAGGAACUCCUUCAUGAUACCUACAUUAAACAGAUCCCAGAACCAAUUGAUUACCACAAUAGAGUAGAUCUAGUUCGCAUAUUCAAUGUGAUGGCUCGGGAAAUUUAUGGAAAAGGUAAUAGCUCCCCUGUUGUGGAAGAAUAUGGAUCAUUUGUAAUGGAUAUAUUCAAUAAAAAAAGUGAUCUGGACUUGUCUAUCAAUUUCAACAAUUCAACUGAAGUUGGUCGUCAGAGGAAGAUUUCAACCCUUCGAAAAUUCAAUAAGAAACUAUGCUCAAUCCAAAGAAGAGGGCAUAUUACCAGUGUACAGCUUAUCAUGACUGCCAAGGUGCCAAUUAUUAAACUUACUGAUAGGGGUACAGGUAUCGAAUGUGAUUUAUCAGUUGAGAAUAGGGAUGGCAUUGCAAAAUCCCGUAUUAUCCAUUCAAUUUCUGCCAUAGAUGAAAGAUUUCGGAAGCUAUGUUUUCUGGCGAAAUCCUGGGCUCAAGCACAGAAUAUCAACAGUUCUAAAGACCGGACGCUGAAUUCUUUAUCUAUUGUAUCGCUUGUUGCUUUUCAUUUGCAGACGUGCAACCCUCCUAUACUACCUCCAUUCUCUGCGUUACUUAAAGAGGGAGCUGAUCCUGAAUCUGUUACUAGAGCUGUUAAAAAUUAUGCCAACUAUGGGAAAAAGAACAGUGAUUCAUUGGCUAAGCUUUUCAUUACUCUAUUUGUCAAGCUAGCAUCAGUUGAACAACUUUGGCAGAAUGGUUUAUGCAUAAGCUUAUAUGAAGGAUCAUGGAUUUUAAAAUCUUGGGGUCGUAAAUCAUAUUCAAUAAGUAUUGAGGAUUUCACAGAUCCUUCUCAAAAUUUUUCAAGAGCAGUUGGACCUGAAGAAGUAAAUACGAUAUAUGGAUGUAUCCAUAGAUCUCUUAACUUCAUUUUGAGGUUUCUGGAUGGCCAGAUGCAGGGCAAGGAAUUGAUGCCUCUUUUGUUUGAGAGACAUACUCUUUCUACUUUCGGAGUUGAGGGUAUUAGGACUAUGAAUGAGAAUGAGAAUAACCUUCCAACUCCAGAAGAUGCUUUCCCAUCCAAAAGGAGGCGCUUAGAGGGAGGGGUGGUACAAAACCAGGUUGUGACUCAAGGUUCUCAGGGAACAGAACCAGGUAGUGGUGGGAUGCAGCCUGGUAAAACUGCGUUUGAUAAUGCAUCUGCAUCUUUCACACAUAGUACUGGGCAUCAUUGUUAUGAUCGAAGGUUAGUUCCUUCUCUUGAUGAUUAUGGUUCUGUUGCAAUAUCUCAUCAAAACACAGUUGCUCCUGUUGGAAAUGGUGUAAUUCAUUCACCCCUUCCUUCAACAAGUCAUAAUCCACCCAUACAACCUCAAAGUGUAAAAUUCCUAUCUUCUUCCAGAACAUCUGAUAAAAAUUCAGUUGCUGUGAUUGAAGAUGGUAUAAAUUAUUCGCCCUCUCCUUCAAUAAGUCACGAUCUACCCAUACGAUCUGGACGCAUUCCCCCAGUAAAUUUCCUAGCUUCUUUUGCAACAUCUCAUCAAAAUGACGUUGCUUCAAUAGGAAAUGGUUUAAUUCAUUCACAACCUCCUCCAAGAAGUCGUGAUCCACCCAUACAUUCUCAACGUAUUCCCUCAGAAAAUUUCAUAGCUUCUGUUGUUAGAAUGUCUCAUCAAAAGGUUCAUUUACCCCCUCCUUCGACAAGACAUAGUCCAUACAGAGCCGAGCAUACUUUGCACAAUCACAGGAGAAUUUAGUUUCAACCUUCUCAUGGAGGUUGUUUCUUGUACGUGUAUACCUUGUCAAAAUUCAAAUUGCAUUAGCAAAUCACCCAAUAUAGACAACCAAUUGUCUAUUCUCUCUCUUCUCCCCAUUGGUUCUGUCGAGCUAAAGCCUCCUUGGGUUUUGUUAAUCAGAAUGGGAUUUAAUUCCCAUUUUCUUAGUGUGUAGUGGAACUUGUAUUGCCAAAAUAGAAUCUUCACCUUCUACUGACAAAAGUUUGGUGUAGUGUUAAGCAAGCAGUAUUUUCAGGAUGACAAACAACAUCCAAACCUUAGAGAAGGCAAUUGUUGGGAGCAUUUAGUGAUGAUAAUCGAGUCUGAUAUCACACUGAUGUCACAAGAGAAAGAAAUUUCCCCUUCAAUUGCAUAAGGGCUCUCCCUGGUGAUAUAGCAUCUGUUGUGUUAUGGGUGAAAAUGUCCUGACUUGGAAAACUAAGGAUCAGAACCAACCAAUAAACAGGUAAGGCAUGUUUGGUUUGUGAAAACACUUUCUAUUUUAUUUUCAGUGUUUCCUAUUUUUAAGAUUUUGUGAAGGAAAAAUAAAAACCAAGUAAAACAAUGAAAAUCUUGUUUCUUUUUUUUUUUUUCCUUUUAAGUUUUUCAUUCACGAAAUCCUAAAAGUGAAAAACACUGAAAAUAGAAAGAAAAAAAAACCUAAUUUUCCUGUAGUUUAACAUGUCAAGAACGUAGAAUCCACGGGUCAAAUAUUAAAGGAUAACUCAUUUUGUGAUUAGCUAGUAGCAAUAUAGAGCAAGGUUGCAUGCUGAAAUUUUAACUCUGCGAAAGAUGGAAUACUGCACGUAGUACUAUGGUCUGGUCUCUAUUUAAAAUUAGGCAAUUCAUUGUAACAUGUAUAGCCUGUGUUUUUGGCAUAACUCUGAAUUGAGGGAUCCUCUUCCCUCCCUUUCCUUAAACUAUUGGAGCCAUUUUAAUUUUGAAGUUAUAAACUGCUGAAUGCUGAAUUCUAGUUUUUUAUUUAUUUAUGUUAAAUGUUGGAUUGAUGAAUAUUUAUAUACUCUGAAAAUUUUUUAUGAAUUAUUUCUCAUGUGCCAAAUAUAUGAUUGAAUGUUUAACAGCAAAUAAACUGGGGGACUAGUUUAGCAUCAGGUAUAGCCUAUAUGGAUGAGAUGCUGCUUGUUUCUUGUCAUGAGUCACAAGAUCAUAUAUGAGCUGUUAUAUUCAUAAUAAAAAUAUACUAAUAUUAUUCUAUUUAUUUUUUUAAUUUUUUAUAAUAUAUGUAUAAAUAUAUUUAUCUUACCUAUUUUAAAUAAUAAGCCAUCUACCGUAGUGGUUUUAUCUUCUAUUUCACUCUAUAAUGUCAACACCUUUCAAGUAUGGUUUGCAUCUCAUUGACUCAAUGGACGGAACUCCAACUCAGUGAGUUAUCAGUUAUUGUACUAGGAGUAAUGUGUUGUUAGAUUUGUAUCUGUGCAAUAAUUGAUCUUCAUACUAGUCCUAGGAGAUUCAUGACUUCGUGUCUUCCUUUUUUUUAACCUCUUGCUUGUCCUUUCAUUUUGGUGUCAACUCUCGAAUCAAAAUUUUGCGAAAGUAUUCGGGUCUCUUGUUGUGUUAAAGCUUUUCUCAUAUAUUUGGUUUGUGAUUUUGCAUGAUGUAUGUCAAUUUUUUUUCUUUCUCAGACAGCCCUUCUUGAAACUUCCAUUUUCUUAGCCAUUUGCAUGACGGAUUCCUGUUACCUAAUUCCAUAGCUUUCUCCUAUCCAACUCUCUGAUUUGCCAAACUCAAGAAUUUGGAA